UCGAUCGGUGGAAGCGGAACCUUUCUCGCCGGAAAAGCAGGGAGCGAUUUCCUGGCUGCACGUGGUGUUCCCGGAAAAUGUGGACUGAAAACAAAGACAGUUUUAGCUUUAGUGAAUGAAAAAAAUAUAAAUAAAGAAAAAAUAAACACCCACGGGGCUGAACAUAAACUGAGUCUUAGGAUGGACGACGCCGUCUUCUACCGGGAGUUGCCAAAGGUGGAGCUCCACGCUCACCUGAACGGCUCCGUCAGCGUCCAGACGAUGGAGAAGCUCAUCAGCCAGAAGCAGCAUCUCAAUAUCGAUCACAGCAGGACGGCUGUGGGGAAGGGACAGAGCAGGACUCUGGACGAAUGUUUUGAAGUCUUCAGGGUAAUCCAUAAAUUGGUGGACACCGAUGAAGACAUCUUGAUGGUUACUACAGAUGUUAUCAAAGAGUUUGCAGCUGACGGUGUGAAAUAUUUAGAGCUCAGAAGUACGCCGCGAGAAGAGAAAGCUACAGGAUUAACAAAAAGGAGUUAUGUAGAAACCGUCAUUAAAGCCAUCCACCAGUGUAAGAACGAGGGAGUGGACAUUGACGUCAGGUUUCUAGUGGCCAUUGACCGCAGGAACGGGAUGGAGGUUGCCUUGGAGACGGUGAAGCUGGCUGAGGAGUUUAUGCUGUCGUCCGGUGGUUUGGUGGUUGGAAUCGACCUCAGUGGAGAUCCAACAGUGGGCCACGGCAAAAACUUUCUCCCUGCCCUGGAAAGGGCCAGAAACUCUGGACUUAAGUUGGCCCUGCACCUCUCAGAAGUUCCAUCACAGCAGGAAGAGUCGGCUCUCCUGCUGAACCUUCCUCCAGACAGGAUCGGCCACGGGACCUUCCUGCAUCCUGAGAUGGGCGGCUCUCAAAGCCUUCUGGACAAAGUGGUGCAGAACAACAUACCGCUUGAGCUCUGCCUGACAUCAAACGUAAAAGGGCAAACUGUGCCGUGUUACUCGCAGCAUCACUUCAAAUACUGGUACCAGUUGGGACAUCCAAGUGUCAUAUGUACCGACGAUAAAGGAGUCUUUUGCACGGACUUGUCUCAGGAAUAUCAGCUGGCUGCAUCCACGUUCGGCCUGAGCCGCGAGGCCGUGUGGACGCUCUCCCAGCGCGCCAUAGACUGCUGCUUCGCAGAAGAGUCCGUGAAGCAGCAGCUGAGACAGACGUGGAAAAGUCUACGCCCUCGGCUGUUCCAGUGACCCGGGCCGUGGAAACUAAACACACUUGUGUACCUCACAUUUUAAUUUUGAAGGAUGAAAAGAGGAAAAAAAACUCUCCAUUGUUACUUCUUGUUUUAAAUGUUUUAAGAACUGUAGAAAUAAAACUUUUUGAAUACACUGAGCCAAAAUGUGAUUUUUUGUUCUUGUCUAUUUCCGGAGUUACAUUCAGACAUCAGAGCAACAAACGUGUUGUGAAAUGAUCAAGCUGACUCCGUCUUUUGAGCAGAACAAUGAAAAUUUAAAAUAAAAAAAGAAGACUGUCCAUCAUUGUCGCUACACCUCUGCAAAGCAGUCCAAGAUGUGUCUGAUGCGUCCCGCCACUGCAGCGGUAUUUACUGCCCUCGUCACCGUCAGAACUUCUUUCCUAGCUUUCCGUGCUUCUUAUUGCUCUUCUUGAAUUGUCCAUGUUGCAUUUCCUUCUUUUUGUGUUUCCCCUCCUGAGGAGCUCCGUUGCUUGUGAUCGCGCUGGCUCCUUCCCAUUUCCUCUUCUUUUCACUGUUGGUAAUACGACAUCAUUAGAAACGGCUUUCUUUUCUAGUUGUAUUGUGUUUACGAAAUAAGAAUGGAAAUAAGGAUUUGUGAAAAUAGGAAUUUUGGCUAAUACAUAAAAGAGUGAAGUGUAAGGGAUGUAUAGGGGAGGGAGGUAACAGGGGGGCUGGAAGGUAUUUAAAAGGCAUGUUAGGC